AAAAACUCCUGAAUAUUUAAUUUUUUUGGGAAAAUAUUAACUUAAAACUUAACUAUGGCUCCAAAGGGACGUAAAAAACGCAAUAGUAAAGAUUCAACAUCCAGCAAUGGCGGCAGUGGCGAAGGCGAUGACAAGAAAAAGAAGGAAGGUGGCAGCAAGAAAAAAAGUUCGGGAGGCAAAUCAUUAGGUUGCGAUAUAUUUAAUGAUGCAGCCAUGGAAAAUGCCUAUUAUGUCUGUCAUAAUGUACAGGAUGUUUUAAAAUCUCGCGGCUUUGCUUGGCCAGAUGGUCAAAAGAAAAAGAAGAAGGGUAAGAGAUAAGUAAGUGAAUGAAUUAAAUAUUUAACCAUCAAAUCACCGGCAUACAUACGUAUAGACAGACAGGUGAAUACGUCAUGGCGAUCACCCACGACAUUAAUUAUACGCCAUAAUUGUAGAUGACCGAAAUUAAAAAUAUUUUUA